AUGAAGAUGGUGCCUGAACUUGCCGGUGAUAUGAUGGAGUCGAUGAUGUCGUCUCCAGAAGCGUCACCGUCAACGUCAAGAGAUGAGUGCUGGUAUACGGAGAAGACUGGACGAUUGUUUGGUUACAAUGAAAUAGUUGCUCCAUGGGCAACGAAACGCUAUAGUCUGUCGAUAGAGGGGUUACAUGAAGAAAUCAAGGACAUUUUCCAAUGGUUGCGGCCGUGUCGCUUAGAGGAAGCGAUUCGAUUAGAAGUGAAAAGCGCAAUAAAAGAACGGUGGAAGGGUAAUAACGUACGGGUGUCGGUAUUUGGCAGUUUGCGUACACGGCUGUUCUUACCAACUUCUGAUAUUGACAUACUUGUCGAAUGUGAUGAGUGGAAAGAGACGGACGUAAUGGAGACUGCGAACUACCUCGAGGAGAAGGGUUUGGCUAAGUCGGUGGCUGUAUUUUCAGACGCUUAUGUACCAAUUGUAAAGAUCGUCGAAAAGGACACUCUUGUAAACGUGGACAUCUCGUUUAACACGGCGCAAGGUGUGAAAGCUGCCGACUACAUCGAGAAGGUAAAGGAAGAGUUCCCGGUUGUUGAGCCGCUAAUAUUGGUGCUAAAACAGUUCCUUAUUCUCCGACGAUUGAAUACUACCUAUACAGGUGGUCUGUCGUCUUAUGGACUCAUCUUAAUGCUUAUCAACUUCUUACAUAUUGUAGCUGCUUCCGUGGUUUUUUUUGCUCCAUUGUUGACUAGACUUACUUUUUGUGUCUCUCUUUUUAUCGCUGUUUUUCUAAUGGUUGGAAAAAAUUUGAAAGAGGAAAUUUUUCACAAUAUUGCAAAAUUUUAA